CCUACUGUCUGUCUCUCUACCUCUGGCCUACUCUCUCCCUCUGUCCCUCUGACCUACUGUCUGUCUCUGACAUACUGUCUGUCUCUCUACCUCUGGCCUACUCUCUCCCUCUGUCCCUCUGACCUACUAUCUGUCUCUCUACCUCUGGCCUACUCUAUCCCUCUAUCCUACUGUCUGUCUCUGUCCCUAUGUCCAACUGUCUGUCUCUAUCCCUCUAUCCUACUGUCUGUCUCUGUCCCUCUAUCCCACUGUCUGUCUCUGUCCCUCUAUCCUACUGUCUGUCUCUGUCCCUCUAUCCUACUGUCUGUCUCUAUCCCUCUAUCCUACUGUCUGUCUCUGUCCCUCUAUCCUACUUUCUGUCUCUAUCCCUCUAUCCUACUGUCUCUGUCCCUCUUUCCUACUGUCUGUCUCUGUCCCUCUUUCCUACUGGCUGUCUCUAUCCUACUGUCUGUCUCUGUCCCUAUGUCCAACUGUCUGUCUCUGUCCAUAUGUCCUACUGUCUGUCUCUGUCCCUCUUUCCUACUGUCUGUCUCUGUCCCUCUUUCCUACUGUCUGUCUCUAUCCUACUGUCUGUCUCUGUCCAUAUGUCCAACUGUCUGUCUCUAUCCCUCUAUCCUACUGUCUGUCUCUGUCUCUCUAUCCUACUGUCUGUCUCUGUCCCUCUAUCCUACUGUCUGUCUCUGUCCCUCUUUCCUACUGUCUGUCUCUAUCCUACUGUCUGUCUCUGUCCCUAUGUCCAACUGUCUGUCUCUGUCCCUCUAUCCUACUGUCUGUCUCUAUCCUACUGUCUGUCUCUGUCCCUAUGUCCAACUGUCUGUCUCUAUCCCUCUAUCCUACUGUCUGUCUCUGUCCCUCUAUCCUACUGGCUGUCUCUAUCCUACUGUCUGUCUCUGUCCCUAUGUCCAACUGUCUGUCUCUGUCCCUCUAUCCUACUGUCUGUCUCUGUCCCUCUAUCCUACUGUCUGUCUCUGUCCCUCUUUCCUACUGUCUGUCUCUGUCCCUCUUUUCCUACUGUCUGUCUCUAUCCUACUGUCUGUCUCUAUCCCUCUAUCCUACUGUCUGUCUCUGUCCCUAUAUCCUACUGGCUGUCUCUAUCCUACUGUCUGUCUCUGUCCCUAUGUCCAAUUGUCUGUCUCUGUCCCUCUAUCCUACUGUCUGUCUCUAUCCCUCUAUCCUACUGUCUGUCUCUGUCCCUCUUUCCUACUGUCUGUCUCUGUCCCUCUUUCCUACUGUCUGUCUCUAUCCUACUGUCUGUCUCUGUCCCUCUUUCCUACUGGCUGUCUCUAUCCUACUGUCUGUCUCUGUCCCUAUGUCCAACUGUCUGUCUCUAUCCCUCUAUCCUACUGUCUGUCUCUGUCCUUUCUGUCCUCUCUUCUCCCUGCUCCUUCUCUCCACUCUGUCCAGGGGUGUGUCCCAAAUGGAACCCUAUUCCAUAUACAGUGCACUACUUUCAACUAGAGCGCUAUGGGCCCUGGUCAAAAGUAGUGCACUACAUUGGGAAUAGGGUGCUAUUUGGGACAGGGUGCCAUUUGGGAUGCAGCCCAACAAUUCUCUAUUGCAUACAGUAUGUCACUCAUGGAAAUGCCUAGUGUUCAUGGAUAACAACGAUGAUAGAUGCUGUGAUGGCUUAUGUGGGUUAUAUUCUAGCUUGUCGUUGUUUUAGUACACUAAUCCUGAGAGAAGACUUUACGUUAAAGACCCUUACCCCUACAACACUUUCUCCCACCUGGGACUGGUCAAUCCAAGAGUAGUAUUUGACCUCCUUCUUACGCUUGACCUUUCUAACCUUUGUUACGGUAGUGAACUUUCCAGGAAGGCCUGCUUUGUUUGGGAUAUGGCCAUUGGUUGGCCAUUUUUGGUGAUAGAUUGAUAUGGUUUCAGUCCUCGUCUUAUUCUCUUGUCUUGUUAUACUCUCUCUCUCUCUCUUUCUCUCUCAACAUCCUCUCUUUCUUUCUCCCCUUGAAUCACGUAUCGUCUUGAUUUCGUGUUUUUCCUUUUUCAAUGUCGUCACAAUCGCGCUCCCUCUUCCUGUCCCGACCUCCUGUUUUAUCUGUAGCUCCAUCUCAUUAUAGGAACCUUGUGCUUCUAACGCCACUAACUUCUACUACCACUUCUCCCCUAUAUACAGUAGCCCAACAUCUGGUUGGUCAAAAACAAAUCAUUCCUCUUUUUAUGAUUUUCUUCUUUCAGGGAAUGUUCUUACUAAACAUCUUUAACUGACAACCGUUUAGCAUCGAGAGAGAUCUGAUCUGCCAAUCCGGACCUUUGCAUCAUGUCUAAAAGACUAACACUAAGGACUCUUCAUGUAGCCUGCAUAGCUCUGUAGGAAACCAUAGAGAGAAAAUAAAGCAAAUCAAAGGGAUCGAUAAGUAGAUAUCCCAUGAAUCCAUCAAAGCUAAUAUGAUGAUGCUCUCCGUGCGCGGCUGCACUGCUGCUUGUCCUGGGGAG